AUGGGGAGACUGAAUGUUGACAUUGAUGAUGUUGUAUUAGAAAAAGCUCCGACAAAUGCAAAGUAUACCUCGCCGACUAUUCAAAAAGAGAUUUUGCAUAUUCUUGCGAACAAAGUAAGGAAAAAGAUUUGUGAAGAAGUUAGAGAUGCAAAGUUUUGUAUUUUGGUUGACGAAGCCAAAGAUGCAUCAAAUAAAGAACAAAUGGCUAUUGUUUUGAGAUUUGUUGACAUUCAGGGUUUUAUACGAGAGCGUUUUUUUAGUAUUGUACAUGUUUCAGAUACUACUUCUUCAACAAUUAAAAAAGAAAUUUGUGAUGUGCUCGCUCGAUAUAACUUGCAUAUUUUCAAUAUGCGAGGUCAAGGGUAUGAUGGUGCUAGCAAUAUGCGUGGCGCAUGGAAUGGACUACAAGCUCUAUUUCUCAGAGAUUGUCUUAUGCAUAUUAUGUACAUUGCUUUGCUCACCGACUACAACUGCUUAAUAGAUAUGUAUGGUGCAACUAUUACUGUGCUUGAAAGUAUGGUUCAAGAAGGAUCUUCUAAUUCUAUACGUGGAGAAGCUGGUGGUUGUUUGAUUCAAAAAUCUCUUGACAUCUUAAAUGCAAUGGAUCUUGUAUCAACUACUAAAGCAUUGCUUCAAACUUUGAGAGACGCCAUAUUUGAUCUUCUCCUUGCAAAUGUGCAAUUUGUUUGCACAAAAUAUAAGAUUGACAUACCACAUAUGAAUGCUUUGUAUAAAAAGGCUACAGGUCGUUCAUGUCAACAACAAGGUUCAGUGACAGUUUACCAGCAUUAUCAUUAUGAUAUAUUUAACUCAACAAUAGAUUUUCAGUUGGAAGAAUUAAAUUCUAGAUUCAGUGAUGGGACAGUGGAACUCCUUGUACUUAGCUCUGCUUUAGAACCUAAAGACAACUUUAAAUCAUUUAAAGUUGAUGCUAUUUACAAGCUUGCUGAGAAAUUUUAUCCUGAAGAUUUCAAUGAACAAGAGAUGUUGAUUCGUCUUGUUUUGACUUUGCCUGUUUCCACUGCCACUACAGAGCGGACAUUUUUAGCUAUGAAACAUGUUAAAACUGUGCUUCGCAAUAAAAUAGAAGAGGAGUUCUUAGCAGAUUCUAUGAUGAUUUACAUUGAACGAGAGCUUGUUGAAGAUAUUGAUUCGGAUUCGAUCAUAGAUGAAUUCUAUUCUACAAAACAUCGAAGGGUGCAGCUUUGA